AUGAAUCCGAGAAUGAGCGGAGCUAAUGAACUUGUAGAUGACAUCUACUACUUCAUCGUGCUGCUUCGAUAUGGAUGUGAUGUUCAGCAUACUGCGUUGGUAACAAGUGAUGAAGGAAUUAGAAAGAAGGGUCUUCUCGAAUUCAACUAUUACCUCACACUCAAGGAUCUGCCACCUGACUUUGUCUGUGCAUUGGAAGUUUACGGGCUGAAAACUAAACGAGAACAUAUCUCGCAUGAAGUAAAGUAUCGGCUUGGAGCUUCAACCUUGAGUAAAAAGCAACGCACGAAGUUCUCAACCUUGAAAUCAUCACUUGGAGGGCCAUCGGCUGUUGUGGAGCCAGCUUUCCAACUAGUUGGUAGGCUCACAAUCGACAUUGAUACGCAGAAUAGAAAACUGACGCUGCAAGAUGUGAUGGCGCCAUUGGAAGGAUCUGUACUUGUAAAAAUGAAGAAGCAUGCCACAGACAAGAGCCAUACAAUCCAUCGUGGUUUUCUUUCCAUGUAUCAGCGAACAAGAGAUGGUCUUGGAACUUGGACGAGGUAUUCCAACCUUAGUCUGCUUUGAAG